AUGUCAACACCUGCUUUGCUGGGGUACAAUCUCCCUAUCCACUUCUCAGCCGUAACAUGGGCAACAAUUGUCAUCGUCUCAACGCAGUCAGAUGCCAUCCUCAAUUUCUUCCUGAGCAAGAACUUGCGAAUCGCUAGAGACCAGGCAUACGACCUCACUCUCGCAUCCCGAAACAAGCCGGUAGAAUUCUGGGGUGCAUACUUUGAAGAGUGGAAGCAGCCACCACCUGUCCCACAGCGCAGCGGAUUCAAGUUUAUCAACUUCGCGAGCUCCCGUUUCGGAGCCGUCGUUCUCCGGCAAGCUAUCGUGUUUCCCCUCCUCGCCAUAUCUCCUCUCCUGUCCUUGCUGGUCAACGCCUCCAUUCGUGCCUUGGGCACCGCCGAAACGCUGCAUGCAGCCUAUUUCGGACAAAAGAAGAUGACACCUGACCAGGUCGCGGUCUUCGUGGAAGAAAGGAAGUGGGAUUACCGCUCGUUUGGUUUCACUGCAGCCCUGCUCGAGAGUAUCCCGUUUGUUGGUAUUCUAUUCAGCGUUAGCAAUCGCAUCGGAGCGGCCAUGUGGGCGUUCGAUUUGGAGAAGCGCCAGGACAUGCACAGGAGAGGCCAGAUCAAGCCCAUUUAGACAUCGAGAGAGCUCCUGCUUGGGGAAAGUCAUCAUCAAUAUCGUUCAACAACCUGGCUUUGUUGAAACAAAUACUGGUUCUCUGCCUGGACAACAGUUAGAGUUAUGUAGCAUUUCUUCAUGAGAAUCCAGUGCAUUAGUCACAGACUUUGUAUAUCUAUCAACUACCUGGUCAACC